CAGAUGUCCCUCCACUCCAUAGAUUCCAACGCCUUUCUCCUUCUACAUACUCUCUCAUCUCUCUUCCAUGCAUCAUAGUUUUCAGCAACCUUAAAUCUUCCUCUUUCUCUCUAAAACUCCAGUAAUUCUCCCCAACAAAAAAAAUGGUGGUAUUAUCUCAGCCAGUUCUUGACAAUUUUGCCCACUUCGAAACAUGCAAGCCCACAGGUGAAAUCAAUAUAAUUCCAGCUGUGGAUCUUUCAGAUUACUCCAAUGCUAAGAAGCUUAUACUCGAAGCCUGCAAGGAAUUCGGGUUCUUUAAGGUGACCAACCAUGGCGUUUCAAUGGAGUUUCUGGACAGACUUGAAUCCGAGGUUGUCGAGUUUUUCAAACUGCCACAGCAAGAAAAGGAGAAAUCGGGCCCACCGAGCCCGUUUGGGUAUGGUAACAAGAAAAUCGGGCCGAACGGUGAUGUGGGAUGGGUUGAGUAUCUUCUUCUCUCCACCGACUCCAAAUCCAUUUGCCCCGGAAUUUCAGACACUCUCUGGUGUCUUGUGAAUGAGUAUGUUUGUGCAGUGAGGAAAAUGGUGUGUGAAGUGCUGGAAAUGAUAGCUGAAGAACUGAAAAUUGGAAGUAAUAAUAAAGAUGUGUUAAGUAAGCUGAUAAAGAAUGAGAAAAGUGAUUCUUGUUUUAGGGUAAAUCACUAUCCGCCAUGCCCGGAUAAUAAUCAUCAUCAGAUUCUUCAACCGUUACUAAUGAACGGUCAGGAUUUGAUCGGGUUCGGAGAACACACAGACCCACAAAUAAUAUCUGUCGUCAAAUCCAAUAACACAUCAGGCCUUCAGAUCUGUCUCAAAGAUGGUACGUGGGUUGCUGUCCCACCUGAUCCCACCUCCUUUUUCUUCAUUGUUGGUGAUUCCUUACAGGUGAUGACUAAUGGGAGGUUUAGGAGUGUGAAGCACAGAGUGUUGGCAGGUGAUAGUGUCAAAUCGAGGGUUUCAAUGAUAUACUUUGGUGGGCCACCUUUGAGUGAGAAAAUUACGCCUUUGCCCUCGAUAUUGGAAGAAGGUGAAGUGAGUUUGUACAAGGAAUUCACAUGGUCUGAAUACAAGAAUGCUGCGGGGGGAGACAAGGUUGGGUGAUGACAGGCUGGGGUUUUUCGAGAAAUAAUCUAGUACUACAUCGAUCUCCCAAAACUGGUUGACCUAAUUCUCUUUCAUUUCCUUACGUGGCAACCACUAGGGUUUCUCUCUCUCUCUCUCUCUCUCUCUCUCUCUCUCUCUCUCUCAUUUCGUCACCUUAAACGUAUGCUUGAUGUAUUUUUAGUUGUAACAAUCGAAUUAAUGCAAUUGUUAUCUACUCUACAGACU